CUUCAAAGCCCAAACCCUCGCUCUCUGUGGCCGCCGAAACUCCUUUCACUCCCUCUUCCUAGGGUUUCUCUCUAUCCCCUUCAAAACCCCAAACUAUUUCUGGGUUUUAUACCCUGUUUUUGAAGAUCUAUCAAUCUAUCAUCUCCAACCAUGGCAGCCGUUGCUCCUCCCGCAGAUCAAGCUGCUGAUUUGUUGAAGAAUAUGUCAUUAGACUCUCAAUCCAAGACCUUGGAGACUUCAGAGUCUGCUAAGAAGCCUUCUGUUGAAACCGGAAACAAUGGCAUCAUUCAAAGCCAACCUUUCGAAAGGUCUCUUACACCAUUGAUUCCAGAUUUCAUGGAUCCAACAGUGGCUUACUUUCCCAAUGGCUACCCUUCUCCUGCUUAUUACUAUGGAGGUUAUGAUGGCGCCACCAAUGAAUGGGAUGACUAUUCAAGAUACGUAAACCCUGAAGGAGUCGACAUGUCACAUGGUGCUUAUGGAGAUAAUGGCUCACUCAUGUAUCCUGGUUAUGGCUACACACCUUAUGGUCCAUAUUCACCAGCUGGUUCACCAGUUCCAACCACCACCCAUGAUGGUCAAAUCUAUGGAGCUCAACAUUACCAAUACCCUACUCCAUACUUCCAACCCAUGGCUAACACCCCUUCCGUCCCUCUGAAAGUGGAGAAUUCCAGAUCUACCCCUGUGGACACCACCACCGGAAAUCCCAAUUCCAUCACAAAGGGAAACACGAAUUCCGCCCCUGUGAGACCACCAGUGUAUCAGAAUUCAGGUUUUAACCGCGGUGCUCAUAACUCGUUUCAAGAUCCAAGAUACGGGUUUGAUGGGGUCCACUCUCCAAUACCAUGGUUAGACACCCCAUUAAGAAACAAUAACAUCACUCCUCCUUUAUUAAACACAAAUGGGUUUUCUUCAAAGAAUCAGAAUGUUCGUCCUCAUUCUCAUCUCAUGAGUCCCAGACCAAUGUCUGGCAUAAAUGCAGCAAAUGCAUACAUGAAUAGAAUGUAUCCAAACAAGUUAUAUAGCCAAUAUGGAAGCAACUAUAGUUCUUAUGGGAAUGGCUGGAUGACUGUUGAUAACAAAUACAAGCCUAGAGGAAGAGGAGGAAACGGUUUCUUUGGUUACACCAAUGAGAACAUAGAUGGUCUUAAUGAGCUAAACAGGGGACCUAGAGCUAGGAUAACAAGACCCCGAAUCACCAUAUCUGUUAAAGGACAGAAUGGUAAUUUGACAAACAUUGUUGGUAUCGAUAAGGUGUGUGCAGCUCCAGAUAAAGACCAAUACAACCACGCUGAUUUCCCUGAAACUUAUGAAGAUGCCAAGUUCUUUAUUAUUAAAUCUUAUAGUGAAGAUGAUGUUCAUAAGAGCAUCAAGUAUAACGUGUGGUCAAGUACACAAAAUGGAAACAAGAAACUUGAAGCUGCAUAUCAGGAGGCUCAACAGAAGCCUGGAAGAUGCCCUGUUUUUCUUUUCUUCUCGGUGAAUACAAGUGGACAAUUUGUGGGUGUUGCGGAAAUGGUGGGGCCCGUUGAUUUUAACAAAAGCUUGGAGUAUUGGCAACAAGACAAGUGGAUUGGUUGUUUUCCUGUAAAGUGGCAUAUUGUUAAAGAUGUGCCUAAUACUUUAUUGAAGCAUAUUAUUCUUGAAAACAAUGAGAAUAAACCUGUUACAAAUAGCAGAGACACCCAAGAGGUGAAAUUGGAUCAGGGGUUACAAAUGAUUAAGAUAUUUAAGGAGCAUUCAAGUAAGCAAUGUAUAUUGGAUGAUUUUGAGUUUUAUGAAGAUAGACAGAAGAGGAUUCAAGAAAAGAAAGCAAAACAACAGCAGUUUCAGAAACAGACAUGGGAAGAAAAACUCACCACUGUUGAGAACAACAAGAAAGAUGAAGUGGAAAACAAUGUUGAGGCUAAAACGACAGUGAAUGGUGUCGUUGCAAAUGGUUGCUAGAUGAUAUGUUUUUAAGGAUAAAUGUAUACAAAAACGAGGUUUGAGGUUUGAGGGGGAAGGAAGACAUGUAAUAUAGGAAGGUUUUAGGUUUCUAACAGGUUUUCCAUGUCUUUUUUUUAAUAUGCUCUUUUUUUUGGUGUUAUAUUUUUAUGCUUUUGUGUUUAUUUGUUUGAUUAAUGCGUAGUAGUUUUUCAUAAUGGCAUAAUCCUCCUCCCUUGUAAAAUCAAGUCCAUGAAUACAUUUGUGUCUCAUCUUUCUUUA